AAAUCUUCUAAUCACACCUAAAUCCCAAAACAUAAACAGCUGGUUUUGGUUCAAAUAAUGUCAAUGUGAUUUGGGUUUUGUAGUUUCACAUCUUUUUCCUAAAAUAAAGUGGGUCCUUUGCUCCUUUCUCUCUCUUCUUCUCUUCCUGAAUAAUGACAGCCUAAUCAACAGCCUGGAAAGGGCUGGUAAUUCUGGUUAGCUCAAUUUCAGCUCACUUUACCUGAGUUUUCAUGGUAGUUGGUACUUCUACUACUUGGUAUUAGUAUCCUUUCUUUCUUUCUUACUUGCUGCCAUUGAUGCUCUCUCUCUCACACUCUUUCUCUCUCCUCCAUUGUUGGCUCAACUGAAACACAAAAAGAGGUAAAAGUUUUGUACUUCAAUUGCAUCAACUUUAGCUUAAUUUAAAUACCCAUCUUUCUUAUUCAAUUUAUACCUUGUUUUACCAAUUUGGGUUGCUAUCAAUUUGUACAUUCUUUGCUGUAAGCUCAGUAAGUUGGAACAUUGUUUGAUAGAUCUGAAGGGUGUUCGACGAAAUGCCUCAGUGAGUGUAAAAGUGCUGCCAGCUUGGGUUUGCACUAUUUGGGUGUUAUUGGGUAUAUUUUGUUUCUGGGUUUUGAAUUGUUUUAGGCAAUUGAUUGAUUAGUCCAUUUUUUGGGGUUAAAAAGAUGAAGAUUAUGAAAUGGGUGCCUUUGUUUAUGACUUUGAUUUUAUAUGGGAUGUUUGUUUGUAGCUCAAAUGCAGCCUUUAAACCUGUUGAUUCUUACUUAUUAGCUUGUGGUUCUUCUAAUAAUGUCACUUUUCAAGGCCAAACUUAUAUUCCUGAUUUAGAGCAUUCCUCAGUUAAACUCAGUAGUCAAGCCAAUUCUCUUGUUGCUACCACCAAUUCUAGUGCUCCCUUCCCUAUUUAUCAAUCUGCCCGAAUAUUCACCCGUAGUGUGUCUUACGAAUUUGAUAUCAAACAGAAAGGCCAUCAUUGGGUUCGGCUUUAUUUCUAUCCGGUUUCGAGUGCAGGGCAUGACUUGAAAUCGGCUUCCCUUACUGUUGUUACUGAAAACUUUGUGCUCCUAAACAACUUCACAUUUGAGAACUUUAAGGGUUCUUAUAUGUGGAGGGAGUUUGCCAUCAAUGUAGACUCGAAAUCCUUGAGCCUUACUUUUAUUCCUUCGAACAAUUCAAUUGCGUUUGUGAACGCGAUUGAAGUUGUCUCAAUCCCAGAUGACUUGGUCCCUGACCAGGCUUUGUUCUUGCCAUCAACCUCUAUUAGUGGGAUAUCAGAGCUAGCACUUGAGACUGUGUACCGAGUAAAUAUGGGCGGUCCAUUGCUUACUGCUCAAAAUGAUACUCUAGGAAGAAUGUGGCAGAAUGAUGUGCAAUAUCUUCAUGUGAAUAGCUCUGCUACAAAUGUUUCUGUUAGCCCUUCAACUAUCAAGUAUCCAGCUACAGUUACUCCUGAUAUAGCACCAAAUUGGGUGUAUGCCACUGCUGAAACUAUGGGAGAUCCGAAUGUGGCCAAUAGUAACUUCAACAUGACCUGGGUUUUCAAUGUUGAUCCAGAUUUCACCUACUUUUUAAGGGUUCAUUUUUGUGAUGUUGUCAGCCAGUCGCUGAAUUCUCUUGUUUUCAACCUGUACAUCAAUUCCGAUGUUUGGGCAAGUGUAGACCUUUCAUCCUUAACUGGCGGUCUUGACGUGCCUUACUACAAGGAUUUUGUUGCAAAUUCUUCAGACUCAGGUGAGUUGACCAUAAGUGUUGGUCCAGAUCCUGUAGCUGAUGAUAGUAAUGGUAUUAUGAAUGGCCUGGAGAUCAUUAAGAUGAGCAAUGAAGCAAGAAGCUUGGAUGGAGUUUCUCCUGUUGAACAUCUUCUUCCUCCUUCAGCAUCGAAAAAGAAACACUCUGCAAUUAUCAUUGGUUCAUCUGUAGGUGCAGUGGCUGCAGUAAUGAUGAUUGCUCUCUUUUAUUGCUGCUUUGUUUCUCACAAGUCGAAGACUCCUCAACAAGGAAAUUCAUGGUUGCCUUUGCCAUUGUAUGGUAACUCCUUGACGUUGACAAAAAUGUCCACUGUUUCUCAAAAGAGUGGUACUGCUAGCUGCAUUUCAUUGACUUCCACCAAUCUUGGUCGGUUCUUCUCUUUCCAAGAAAUCAUGGAAGCGACUAAUAAGUUUGAUGAGACCAUGCUUCUUGGAGUUGGUGGUUUUGGAAGAGUUUACAAGGGAACACUUGAAGAUGGGACUAAUGUUGCUGUCAAAAGAGGAAAUCCAAGGUCUGAACAAGGUAUAGCUGAGUUUAGAACUGAAAUUGAGAUGUUGUCUAAGCUAAGACAUCGUCAUCUUGUCUCUCUCAUUGGCUACUGUGAUGAGAGAUCUGAGAUGAUAUUGGUCUAUGAAUACAUGGCCAAUGGACCACUUAGGAGCCAUCUUUAUGGUGCAGAUCUUCCAUCUCUGUCUUGGAAACAACGGCUUGAAAUAUGUAUUGGGGCUGCGAGGGGAUUGCAUUAUCUCCACACAGGUGCAACUCAGAGCAUUAUUCACCGAGAUGUCAAGACAACAAAUAUUCUCUUGGAUGAGAAUUUUGUGGCUAAGGUAGCUGACUUUGGCCUCUCUAAAACCGGACCUUCUCUUGAUCAGACCCAUGUUAGCACUGCUGUUAAGGGAAGUUUUGGGUAUCUUGAUCCUGAGUACUUUAGGAGGCAACAAUUGACUGAAAAGUCAGAUGUAUACUCAUUUGGGGUAGUUUUGAUGGAGGUUCUCUGCACUAGACCAGCUUUGAACCCUGUGCUCCCGAGGGAGCAAGUCAAUAUUGCAGAAUGGGCAAUGACUUGGCAAAAGAAAGGCAUGCUUGAUCAAAUUAUGGACUCAAACCUUGUGGGGAAGGUAAAUUCUGCUUCACUAAAGAAAUUUGGGGAGACUGCGGAGAAGUGCUUGGCAGAGUAUGGGGUUGAUAGGCCAUCAAUGGGAGAUGUAUUAUGGAAUCUUGAAUAUGCUCUUCAGCUGGAGGAGAUGUCAUCUGCUCUUGCGGAGCCUGAAGAUAACAGCACAAAUCAUAUUCAAGGUUUACCAUUAACCUCUCUUGAGCAAUUUGACAAUAGUGUUAACAUGAUGAAUGGAGCUAACUCUGGUACUGAUGAUGACGCGGAAGAUGCUACAACAAGCGCCGUGUUUUCUCAAUUAGUAAAUCCCCGUGGAAGAUGAGGGUGAUGGUUUCUAUUUAAUACUGGUGAACAUUGUUUGGGUGCCCCAUCCAGAGAUGUAUCAGAAGGUUAAGUUAAGUUUGAUUGCUUGUUGGCCUCAUUGCUUGCUUAUUUUGAUUUGUAAUAUAGAGAAGAAUGAAUAUAAUGAAGUUCGUCCGAUACUGUCCCCAAGAUCGUUAUAGGAAGCCCAUUGUUUCCUUUUUGUUCUUAUAUAAUUGGAUUUUGCUUCCCAUUUUGUAUUACACUUCUUUAGGAUAGUGAUAUAUGUAAUGGAUUCACAAAACAAUUGUUCAACAAUGCAGAAAAUAAUGCACAGGUUCUGCAA